GGGGUUGGUGGCCUUGCCCCCCAGCCCUAGCGUCCAGUUCCGCGGCUGGGCAGCUCCACCCCUUCCCAAUUCCUUUGGGCCCCUGGGCGCUGGGCCGAGAGUUCCUCCCCCGUCCUCCCGGGUGUGGGGGCCGGGGACUGCAGCUCCCAGCCCACCCCAGCCACCCGCAGCCCCGGGAGGGUGUGAUGGGCCGGGCGGGAGGCGGGUCACGAAGGCUGGCACCGCUGACCUCCAGCAGGGAGUGGGGAGUGGCAGGCGGGCAGCUGCUCAGGCCCCUGGGCAAAGAGGCCCGGCUGUGGCUGGUCCUGGGCACUGGGCGCUGCGCUCAGCAGACUCGCUGCCUGAAAGGCCGCACCCUGCCCCUCCCUGGCCUGGCUCAGGGCUCAGGAAUGGUGCACCCGGAAACUCACCGGACCUGCCCCGCCUGAAGUAGGGUGCCAGGGCGCCGCGUGCCCGCCAAAGUCAGUCCUGGCCAGUGCCCAGGGGUGCCUCCCACCGUCGCCAGGGCCCGGCUGGGAGGCCGAGUGGGGACCGCUCCCUUCGCUCCCUUCGCAGCAGAUGGACAGCGGGCGGCUCCGGCGGCUCUGAGCGACUCCAAGGCGCAGCCUGGCAGCGCGUGGGCGGCAGCCAUGGCCUCUGUCCUCGAUGCCCCUGAGACCCCCGAGGACCAGGGCCGGGAGCCCAGCCCCUACGACGAGAGCGAGAUGCACCAGUCCUUCCACCUGCUCAUCCAGGAGCAGAGCCAGGGGGCUGUGGAGGAGGGGCUGGAGCUGCAGCCCCAGGGGCCGGGGGCCGGAGCCGGAGCCGCGGGGGCCUCAGCCGGCAACCAGCAGGCCCUGCUGGGGCCCGAGGGCGCCACUGCGCACAGCAUGGCCACGCUCCGCAUCCUGGCCAGCAUGCCCAGCCGCACCAUCGGCCGCAGCCGUGGCGCCGUCAUCUCGCAGUACUACAACCGCACGGUGCGGCUGCGGCGCAGGGCCAGCCGGCCGCAGCUCCGGGGCCUGGGGCGCUCGGCCCGGCCCAGCCUCCGCCUGUACGACCUGGAGCUGGACUCCACGGCCCUCGCCGAGGAGGAAAAGCGGGUGCUCCUGGUGAAGGAGCUGCAGGGCCUGCCGGUGGCCCAGCGGGACCACGUGCUCCGGGGGAUGCCCCUCAGCCUGGCCGAGAAGCGCCGCCUGCGAGAGGAGAUGCGGUCCCCGAGCAGGAGGCCGCGGGGCCGCCCCGGGCUCCUGGGCUGCUGCAGCCGCCUCCGAUACGCCUGCGCGCUGGCCUCGCACGACCUGGGGCUGGGGCUGCUGUCGGGGCUGCAGGCCCUGGUGCCCUGGCACUACGCCCUGAAGCGCAUCGGGGGCCAGUUCGGCUCCAGCGUGCUGUCCUACUUCCUGUUCCUCAAGACCCUGCUGGCCUUCAACGCGCUGCUGCUGCUCCCCCUGCUGGCCCUCCUCGUGGGCGUGCAGGCCGCCUUCCCGCCCGCCCCCCAGGGCCCCGCCCCCACCUUCACUGGCCUGGAGCUCCUCACCGGAGGGGGCCGCUUCACGGACACCGUCAUGUACUACGGCUACUACAGCAACGCCACCCUGAACCAGCCGUGUGCCGACCCACCCGACGGCGGCCAGUGCACCCCCGAGGCAGCCAGCCUGCCCUACAACAUGCCCCUGGCCUACCUCUUCACCAUGGGCACAGCCUUCUUCAUCACCUGCUUCACCCUGGUCUACAGCAUGUCCCACUCUUUCGGGGAGAGCUACCGGGUGGGCAGCGCCUUGGGGGCCCAUGCCAUCACUGUCUUCUGCUCCUGGGACCACAAGGUGACUCAGAAACGGGCCUCCCGCCUCCAGUGUGACAACAUCCGGACCCAGCUGAAGGAGCUGCUGGCCGAGUGGCAGCUGCGGCGUGGCCACCGGAGCGCGUGCGGGAGGCUGCGCCGGGCGGCCGUGCUGGCGUUCGUGUGGCUGCUGUGUCUGGGCAUCACGCUGGGCUGCACCGUGGCCGUCUACACCUUCUCCGAGCACAUGAUCGAGCAGAGCCCUGUGCCUGCUGACCGGGAGGGGGCGCUGCUGGCCCUGCCCCUGGUGGUCUGCCUCCUCAACCUGGGGGCCCCCUACCUGUACCGCGGUCUGGCCGCCCUGGAGCGGCACGACUCCCCGGUGCUGGAGGUGUACGUGGCCGUUUGCAGGAACCUCAUCCUCAAGAUGGUCACCUUGGGGAUCCUCUGCUACCACUGGCUGGGCCGCAGGGUGGCCGCGCUGCAGGACCAGUGCUGGGAGAACUUCGUGGGCCAGGAGCUGUACCGCCUCAUGGUGCUGGACUUCAUCUUCACGCUGCUGGACACGCUCUGCGGGGAGCUGCUGUGGAGGCUCAUCUCCGAGCGGAGGCUGGGACGGGGCAAGCCCGAGUUCGACAUCGCCCGGAACGUGCUGGAGCUGAUUUACGGGCAGACCCUGACCUGGCUGGGCGCCCUCUUCUCGCCCCUCCUGCCGGCCGUGCAGAUCAUCAAGCUGCUGCUGCUCUUCUACGUGAAGAAGACCAGCCUGCUGGCCAACUGCCAGGCGCCCCGCAGGCCCUGGCUGGCCUCCCACAUGCGCACCGUCUUCAUCUCGCUGCUCUGCUUCCCCUGCUUCCUGGGGGCCGCCAUCUUCCUCUGCUACGCCGUCUGGCAGGUGAAGCCCUCAAGCCUCUGCGGGCCCUUCCGGAGCCUGGACAGCAUGUACGAGGCGGGCAAAGUGUGGGUGCGGCGCCUGGAGAGGGCCGGCCCCCGGGUCUCCUGGCUGCCCUGGGUGCACCGCUACCUGGUGGAGAACACUUUCCCUGUCUACCUGCUAUCAGCCCUGCUGCUGGCUGUCAUCUACCUCAACAUCCAGGUGGUGAAGGGCCAGCGGAAGGUCAUCCGCCUCCUCAAGGAGCAGAUCAGCAAUGAGGGGGAAGACAAAAUCUUCCUGAUCAACAAGCUUCACUCGGUCUACGAGAGGAAGGAGAGGAGCGGGGCUGGCAGAACCCAGGAGGGAGCGGCGCCCCCGGCCCGGCCUGCAGACCAUCGGGCAGCCUAGCAGGACCAGGACGGGCCUGGCAGCCCUGCACCUGCUCACCCACCGGGCUCAGUUCCCACGGCUCUGCAGACCCCGACGCACCCGACACUGUGUGGCCCCUCAGGCGGCCCUGCUGGGACCCCGGGAAGGUGACGGGACUCACAGCCCAUCCAGGGCUGGAGCUGGAGGGUGGCCGAGGGGCUGCGGCGCCCCCAGAGGACCCUGGCCUGCCUGGGCCUCUAUUUAUUCUGAUUAAAUAUGUUUUGCAAAACGG